CUCACUUCCUUUAUCCUCACCUCCUCAAACCUAUAAAACUCCUUUACUUUCCUUCAACAACCAAUUCCUUCUCUCUUUCUUAUAAUAAUCAUACACUAUACAAGCUUAAACCCAGUUGCAGAAAUGAUGGUUGACAAGGAAGAUCUGGGUUUGAGUCUCUCCUUGAGCUUCUCUCGUCCUCUCCACCUUAAUCUUCUCUCUUCUUCUUCUUCUUCCUCUGCUCAUCCUCCUCCUCCUCCCCCUUCUAACUUACCUCUCAAUAAGCCCUCUUGGAAUCUCCCCUUCUCCUCACCUUCAGAUCCAAACUCCGAGGCCUGCCGGGCGGAGACAAGAUCAUUCCUCCGUGGAAUAGACGUUAACAGAUUGCCGUCAACCACAGAUUGUGAAGAGGAAGCAGGCGUAUCCUCUCCCAACAGCACCAUAUCUAGCGUCAGCGGCAAGAGAAGCGAGCGAGAAGGUAACGGAGAGGAUAAUGAAAUCGAGAGAGCUUGCUCUCGUGGUAUCAGCGAUGAAGAAGACGGUGAUACAUCAAGAAAGAAGCUCAGGCUAUCUAAAGAUCAGUCUGCGAUCCUCGAGGAGAGCUUCAAGGAGCACAACACUCUCAACCCGAAGCAAAAGUUGGCUUUGGCCAAACAGCUGGGAUUGAGGCCCAGGCAAGUAGAGGUCUGGUUCCAGAACAGAAGGGCAAGGACUAAGUUGAAGCAAACGGAAGUGGACUGCGAGUUUCUGAAAAGAUGCUGUGAAAAUCUGACGGAGGAAAACAGGCGGUUGCAGAAAGAAGUACAAGAACUGAGAGCACUGAAACUCUCCCCGCAAUUCUACAUGCAGAUGACCCCACCUACGACUCUCACCAUGUGUCCGUCAUGUGAGCGUGUUGGGGUUCCACCAUCAGGCGCAUCCGCAUCCGCAUCAACUCCCGUAGAAGCGCGGCCUAUCCAGAUGGUUGGACCCACCCACCACCGUUCGAUUCCCAUCAAUCCGUGGGGAUCAACAACUGCCGUCGCACACGGGCCGUUCGAUGCUCUUCGUCCAAGAUCGUAAUUAGGGGGGAAGGGUGUUUGUAGGUUUAGUUGAAAGAAGUCAUAGUUCCAAGAUAUGGUGGUUAGAAUAUAUAUGAUUUGGUGGGGUCUUUCAUGUUUUGUAAUAUUGACCGACCCAUGAUCUAUAUAUAAUGUUUGUUUUUUGAAAAAUAAAAAAGAAAAUGUUUU